UCCUCACAAACAGAGAUGGAGUCCAUCUGUUAUGACACAUUUGAAGAAGCAGAUACAGUUGUAUGGGAUCCAGAUGACAGCCUUGUUAUAAUAGAUCAGGAUGAGGCGGCAGUAACCAUUGGGAGUACUGAGAUGUAUGGAGGGACUGAACAGGCUUCACAACUCCCGUUACCUUCUGACAAUGAACUGGCUUCACAAGUUGUACAGUCCCUACAAGAGGAGGGACCACAGACUGCACAGGACAGUGGAACACAUCGUUUACCGCAAGACUUGUUCUCAAUUUCAAGCAGUCCGCUAUCCCCUUCAACCUCACCGAACAAUCUAGGAGAUCCAAGGACACCAUGGCGUGCAGCCAUUUGUAGGAUCAAGGUUGUUGAUGAUCUUUUGUCUGUGUUUAUGGACUGCAGCAUAAUGGAAUUCAAUUUAAAGAUUAAGUUUGUAAAUGAAAACGCUAUUGACGAUGCUGGUGUGUCAAGGGAGGCUUACAGUGCAUUCUGGGAACAAUUUCUUGAACAGUGUGAAGGGGAAACAGAGCGGGUUCCAAGGCUCAGGCCAGAUUUCUGUGAGGCUGAAUGGCAAGCGGUUGGGCGGAUCUGGGUGAAAGGAUUAUUAGACCAUGGUGUCAUGCCAGUGAGGCUAUCAAAGGCUUUCGUGUUAGCUUGCAUCCAUGGCAUUGACUCAGUUGAUCGAGACAUCCUAAUUUCAUCAUUCCUUAACUACCUUCCUCCCAUUGAGAGGUCAGCAGUUGAGAAGGGCCUCCAGGGCACAAUGGAGGAAAGUGAUGAAGAGGACUUGCUUGACAUAUUUACAAGGAUGGGUUCCCACUGCCUCCCGCCAAAGAAUAUCUUACAGCCUUCCAUUGAAACAAUGGCUCAUAAAGCCCUUCUACAAGAGCCCAAAUAUAUUCUUGAUUGUUUCGCCACAAUAUUGCAUCUUGUGCAUUACAAAUUACCGGACAAGGAAAGUGUGUUGUCCUUGUAUGAUUCAAAGAAGGCCACAGGCAAAAGAGUGUUGCAACUGCUUGAAACAACCAAGACGGUGUUGUCUCAGGGGGAGCAAGCAACCUUUAACUAUCUUCAACGUUAUGUGAAAAAUGCUGAUCAAACCAAAGCUGAAAAAAUCCUGCGUUUCUGGACUGGUUCCUCUGUCAUCUGUGUUGACAAAAUUCUCGUAUGCUUCAAUGGUGAAAGUGGACUCAACAGAAGGCCUGUUGCCCAUACCUGUGGAGCCACACUUGAAGUACGAUGUACAUACAGCUCUUACCCUGAAUUCCGCACAGAGUUUGACAAUAUUUUGUCCAGUAACCACUUAGAAAUGGACAUCCUCUAAACCUGACAACUCUCCUGAUCAGGCCUAUAUAUUUAUGUGCAUGCGAGUGUGUAUGUAUACACAC